CCUGUGGGUUGUUUUGGUCGGUAAAAAGCUGUAUUAUUUAUGUAAAGCAUGGCGAUCUCUAUAGCCAUCUUGGACUGUGAUCUGCUCCUGCAUGGUCGAGGCCAUAAAACCCUGGACCGCUUUGACCUGGACUCUGUCGCAGACAACAUCCUCCUCACUCAAUUUGGCUUCCCCAGAGAGUUUAUCCUGUAUCUGGUGGAGUUACUCAGGGAGUCUCUGUGCAGACGCACCCAGCGGUCUCGAGCCAUCAGUCCUGAGGUCCAGGUGUUGGCUGCAUUGGGCUUCUACACAUCUGGCUCUUUCCAGACGUCUAUGGGAGACACUAUCGGUAUCAGCCAGGCGUCAAUGUCAAGAUGUGUGUCCAAUGUGACCAAAGCCCUGGUGGAGAAAGCUCCCCAGUUCAUCACAUUCAACAGAGAUCCGUCCAGCAAAGAUCAGACCUUCCAGGAGUUUCUGAAGGUUGAAGGAUUUCCAGGAGUUCUGGGGGUGCUGGACUGUGUUCAGGUUGCUAUCAAAGCUCCAAACAGCGAAGACUCGUCGUACGUGAACAAGAAAGGCUUUCACUCUGUCGGCUGUCAGCUGGUUUGUGACUCCCGAGGGUUGUUACUCAGCGCAGAAACGCACUGGCCAGGUGGACUCAAAGACACUGAAGUUCUAGAAAGAUCCGCUCUCUACAAACAGCUGCAGGAAAUAUCAGAGGGCUGGCUGCUGGGUGACCGUCGUUAUCCUCUCAGAAAGUGGUUGAUGACCCCGGUGGAUUGCCCAGAAUCCCCUGCAGAGUUUCGAUAUAAUCUUGCUCACACCGCUACACAUGAGAUAGUGGACAGGACCUUCAGAGCCAUCCAGACCAGAUUCAAAUGUUUAGACGGCACCAAAGGAUACCUACAGUACUCUCCAGAGAGGAGUUCGUCCAUCCUGCUGGCCUGCUGUGUUCUCCACAACGCCUCCCUGCAGUCCGGAUUAGACGCCUGGACUCUGGAGAGGACGGACCCUCUGGAGCAGCCAGAGAGCCUCGAACAGAGACCCGAGGACCGCGACAGCCAGGCAGAGGAUCUUCGGAAACAGCUCAUACUCAAACACUUCAGCUAAACCGCCGGCUGGACUCUUCAGUGUUACUGAUCUCAUCUGAGUCAGUUUACUAAAGACUAAGACAAGCAAGUCAAGACUUUUAAAUGACUUACAUUAAAAGUCACAUUUGAGGCAAGAAUGUCCACAGACACGGUGUUGCUGAUGCAAUUUUUUAAUAUUUUGCUGGUUUCUACUCUACUGACUAAACUAAGAUAACAUAGUAAUAUAUGGAGGAACAUGCAGGACGCUAUACAACAAACCUGAGACAACAACAACACACCCAAACACAUUUCAAAUAACUGAACUCCCUGGAAAGUGCUUGAUUAUUCUCUGAGGCCAUUCAGACAUUAUGAGGUCAGAAUAAUCAAGCUCUCCUUGAUGUUUUACAACUAUUCCAACUGUGUUUAGUUGCUGUGUUGUCCAGGUUUCUUUACAAGUGGAAAAAGUGACCCUCCCUCUUUUUUUAACUUUUUGAAAUCCCACCCCACUUUAAAUUUAUUUCUGACAUCUUCCACCCAUAUUUAUUCCCCGUGUCUCCCUUUCCCACAUGAUUCCACAGGUUAAAAUCUUGGAAUAUGUCACAAUACAAAAACAAGGCCCUUAUUUACAACAACUGCACAUUAGGUUGUCAUUAUUUAUGUACACUGAUGGGUUUACUGACUGUUGGGGGGGAGGGGUGAGAAUGACAGGAUGUUUGCGCAACGGGCUGCAGUCACAUGAUGAUUUGUAUCACAGAUUAUAUCAAACCAAACAUUUAGCAUGAGGGAUACACAGUGAAACAGAUAGAGAAAUAUAAGAAAAGCAGAAAAUCUGUUAAUUGAAAGGUUUUGGAUGUUUUGAGGGUUUAAAAGUCAAAACUGAAGUAAUUAUUUACUCGCAGAUUUUGACUGGGGCAGUGAAAUGUAUGUUUUUAGGAAUAUCACAACAUUUAAAAAUCGUUGUCAGAAUAGUGGUCAAGAAAUAAAAACUUUUUUCAAAAAAUAUAUCAUGAUGUUCCUUCAAACUGUGGAGAGAACAAAGCUAGUGGUGUUUUACUUCCUGGAAUGUAAUAGUCCCCUGAUUGGCUUCAUCAAUAUAUACACACACUUUCUACAAACAGGAAUAAAUACAACAUACACUGCUGUCGCAUGAGCACAUUUAGCAUCAAUGUUGAGAUGUUUCCUCUGCUUGUCACAGGUUAUAGGAUGCAUUUAUGACAGAAAAAUAUCUAUAUUUAAGAAUUAUUGUCAAUGUUUAAUUUUUGUUUUUUUAAUUUGCAGUUGGUUUGUGGGUUUCGGGGGUCAAUAAAAGAUCUUUGGGAGUCAAUAAAAGAUCUUUAUGAGUCCAAAACUACAGGUUGAGGGUAAAAAUAUGAAGACAUUUUCAAAUCAUCAAGGAGCCUUUAAAAAAAAGGGUUUCAAGCGACAGCAGUGAAACAUAAACACUGUAUUACAGUUAACAGACACAAACAGAUCAUGUCAAAGUUUUACACUCCACUGAACAGCAUGUAAACUAUACACCAUCAUGUAAACCUUCACAUCAUCCUAAAUGCCAAAACACAACAAACAAUUGCUUUUUUUUUCCCGCAUAAAAUAAAUAUGCUCUUUUUUGGAUGCUCAGAAUAUAUUAUAAGUUGUAUUUUUUGUGUUUUGUAAACAUUAUUUAGAAAAACAAGACAAGAUAAACUAACCAUAAAAACAAGUUCAGUACAUUUAUUUAUUUUUUUGUUGCAUAAAUUAAAUAUGCUCUUUUUUGAUGCUGCAAAUAUAUUAUAUAUACAAUUUAAAUUUCAUAAAAAUACUUUUAUGUCAUGUUUCCCAACCUGUCAGAACCCCUUUUUUUUAUGAAAAUAUGGUCUUCUUUUAAAAUGAUGCAGGAUUUGGAGGUGAUAAAAACUAAUAUUAACUUUGAAGAUUGAUUCAAAAAGUGUAAAAAUUAAUAAAUGCUUAGUAGUAACUUCAAUUUGGCCAAUUUGGCCCUCUUGUCUGGGGUCCCCACAAAUAGAGUAAUACCUGUGAAAUAAAUGCUUUGCAAAGAUAAAUCCUAAACAUUCAGCCUGUUAAUGAUGAUCUAAAGGAAGCAAGGAAUGGAGAAAUGACAUCAUCUCAACCAGGGCAUCCAAAAGGCUCAGGCCAGCCCUGCUUCAAACACAAAGUGUGUAGUAUUAGUAGUCUAGUUGUAGUAACGUUUCCGGGUUUAUACUUCCAUAUAUGGGCAUUACAUGCAAGGCCAAGUUGGUCAUAUAAUUGACUGAGGUGAGUGAAAGGCACUUGAAUGGCACAGCUUCCUUUUAAAAGGAUGCAUUUAUUUACAUCAGCAUGUUUAGCUUUUAGUUUAGUUCCUAGUUGUUCGUAGCAACACACGUUGCAUUCAGGUACACUCAUCUGAUGUCGUGCAUCUGGAGUGACUUGGAAAUAAAAUGCAAGCACUGUGUGCUAAAAUAAACUAGAAUCACACAGUGGAGGUCCAUACACAGUAUACUUCUGUUUCUUAAUGGUGCAACAUGUUUCACUUUAUGUUUCCUAAUAUUAAAACCGCACUUCCCUUGAAGCUCUGUGUUUACUCUUGCGAAAAUGAUGUUUUUUUCUCUAACAGUGCUACACUGCAUUUGUUUUGAAGAGCAAGCAAAGAUGAAUCUUCAGAAGUAGCUGUGGAUGUUACAAAUUCUUGAGGGGACUUUUAUAACAUUAUUUCUGUGCAUCGAGUAGUUUGCAAAGGUAAAUUACUUCUAUUGAAAUGCUACACAUUGCAUCUUUAAGUAAUAAU